AUGUCUCCGCCGGAAGGAAAGAAGCAGGCGGCUAACAGCCACACAUCUGUUCUCAACGCCAAAAACGCUUCCAUCUUGGCAAGUUCUGACAGUUAUGACGCCUGUACAAUAUCUAAUCAGUUCGCGGUGGUGUCGGUCUUUGACUCGAACUUCCUCAUCGGUGACGGCAUCUGGGAAGGCAUCCGCGCCGUCAGAGGCCGCGUCCAGUUCGCAAAGGAACACAUCAACAGACUCUUCCAGUCCGCAAAGGCAAUGUACAUGGACCUGGGUCUCACCAAAGGAGACCUCCUCUCCCUCCUCCACCAGACCAUCGACGCCAACGACAUGACCGACGAGCCUCACGUGCACAUCCGCCUCGUGGUCAGCCGCGGCCUCAAGUCAACGCCGUACCAGAACCCGCACGUCAACAUCGGCCUCCCGCUCAUCGUCAUCAUCCCCGAGAUCAAGGCCGUCGACCCGGCCGCCAAGGAGCGCGGCCUCCGCCUCGCCACGACCUGGGUGCGCCGCGGGCCGCCGGACGUCAAGGACGAGCAGUGGAACCACAUCUCAAAGGCCACGGACGUGCAGGCGUGCGUGAGCGCCAACGUGAUGGGCGUCGACGAGGCGCUGAUGCUGGACCUGAACGGGUUCGUCAAGACGUGCAACUCGGUCAACUUCUUCAUCGUCCGCGGCGACGAGGUCUGGGCGCCCACCAAGGACAACCAGAUGCAGGGAAUCACCCGCCAGAAGACCAUCGACGUGUGCCGCGCCCACGGCAUAAAGGUCAGGGAGCUCGACUUCGCGCUCACCGAGGUGUAUGGGGCCGACGAGGCCUUCUGCACCGGGACUUUCCCGUCUCAGAUUCAUGUCACUGAGGUUGAUGGGCGCAAGAUUGGAGAUGGACAGAAGGGGCCUUUCACUGCGGCCAUCCAGAAGUUGUACGCGGCGGAAGUGGCGAUGGAUGUUGCAAGGUCGAGAGAGGAGAUUAUGGCCGAGCUGGAGAAACCGCGAGAUCUGAGUGUUCUGAAGCUUCUGAAAUUGUGA